GUUUGGAUUUGUUGGUUCUGUGUGGUGGUUUGAUAACGUGAACAUUGGGUUUUUGGGGUACUUGUGGGUUUUUUGGCUAUGGAUCAAGGUUGGAAAAGGUUACCCUUGCUACUAGUCGUCUUGUUUUGGAGGAAUGCUGAUGGACUUAAAAGUGGCGCAUAUUCAGAUGCCCAUCGUGGGUGGGGUCAGCCUUCUGAUGCUCGUUCCCAUCAUGCAGUCCAGUCUUCCAUGUCAGAGGUCCAUGUGACUAGGACUUUGCCUGUUGAAGAAGUGGGCUCCAGAUUGUUCCCUGCUAAGCCCCUGAAAAGCAAGUCGAAAUGGAAUCUACCUCAGUUUGUCAAAGGUGGUUCCAGCAGUUAUCCGUCAAUGUCCCAUGCCCAAACUGCUCCAAGCAGCUCUGUCUCAGUUUCCUUGCCUCUGUCCCGGAAUCAACAGUCUUCAAGCAGUUUAGCGUUCUCUGGAUCAACUGUUCCAGGUGUUGCUGGGGGACUACGUUUGGAGACCCAAUAUGCUGCAAGUGGUUCUGGACCAGUUUCUACCCUAAGAGAGAGUAGUAGCUAUCCUGCCCAGCUUGGUGUUUCUGGCCAAUCCACCAGUGAUGCUUUGCAUGUGUCAAGCUCCCAAGAAACCCAAAGUGCUUUCAGUCAGUCCACCAGUGUCUUGAGUUCCCAGAAGCAAUAUAGUGCUGCCUCCCAGGUCAGCUCUGGGGCUCAGCUUGGGGCCUCUACUGGUUUGCUCCCGCAGAGAAUGAGCAGCUCUUUCAGUGGUUCUGUCCAGUCUCCAGGUACCACAAGUCAGUUUGCCCUUGGGUCUCCAUCCUCAUAUCCAGCUUUAUCCCAGUCCUCACCCCAAGGUGUUGCCAGUCAAUCUAGUUCACAGAAGCGGCUUACCUCCAUCUACCAGGUCAGCUCUGGGGCUCAGCUUGGGGCCUCUACUGGUGUGCACCCUCAGAGAAUGGGCAGCUCUUCCAGUGGUUCUGUCCAGUCUCCAGGUACCACAAGUCUGUCUGCCCCUGGGUCUCCAUCCUCAUAUCCAGGUUUAUCCCAGUCCUCACCCCAAGGUGUUGCCAGUCAAUCUAGUUCACAGAAGCGGCUUACCUCAAUCUACCAGGUGAGCUCUGGGGCUCAGCUUGGGGCCUCUACUGGUGUGCACCCUCAGAGAAUGAGCAGCUCUUCCAGUGGUUCUGUCCAGUCUCCAGGUACCACAAGUCAGUUUGCCCUUGGGUCUUCCCCAUAUGAUAUAAGUGUGUCACUGUCCUCCCCACAAGCUGGUCCAUCUACUGUUCCGGGUCCUCAGAAGCAGCUGACCUCUACUUACACUGGCAGCUCUGGCACCCAGGCAGGAUCCUCUACUCUCUUCACCCUGCAUGGAAGCCCUGCUUAUAGAUCACGUCAGCCUCAAGGUACCACAAGUCUGUCUGCCCCUGGGUCUCCAUCCUCAUAUCCAGGUUUAUCCCACUCCUCACCCCAAGGUGUUGCCAGUCAAUCUAGUUCACAGAAGCGGCUUACCUCCAUCUACCAGGUCAGCUCUGGGGCUCAGCUUGGGGCCUCUACUGGUGUGCGCCCUCAGAGAAUGAGCAGCUCUUCCAGUGGUUCUGUCCAGUCUCCAGGUACCACAAGUCAGUUUGCCCUUGGGUCUUCCCCAUAUGCUGCAAGUGUGUCACUGUCCUCCCCACAAGCUGGUCCAUCUACUGUUCCGGGUCCUCAGAAGCAGCUGACCUCUACCUACACUGGCAGCUCUGGCACCCAGGCAGGAUCCUCUACUCCCUUCACCCUGCAUGGACCACCUGCUUAUGGUGGAUCAAGUCAACUUCAAGACAUGAGUCACUAUGCUGCUAGCAGUCCAUAUGGAAGCUUGUACUGCAAAUGUUCAUUGUCACCUCAAGGUGUAGACCAUCCCUCUACUGUUCAGAGUUCACAAAAGCAGUUUACCUCUAGCUAUGGAACCCAGUCAGGGUCUUCACCAUUUACCCUGCAAGGAAGUGUCACUUUUGAUGGCUCACAGCCUCAAGGUGUUGCCAGUCAAUCUGUUCGCGGCUCUCUCAAGCAGCUUCCAUCCACCUUCGUAGGCAGCUCUGGAACCCAGGCAGGGUCCUCUACUGCUAUCCUGCGGGGAGGCACUACUUAUGGUGGAUCAUCUAAGCCUCAAGAUACAAGUGAGUUUGUUCCUGGCUCUCAGUCCUCUUAUGCAAGUGUAUCAUGGUCUUCACCUCAAGAUGUUGCUGGUUCUGGUACUGCUCUUUCUCAGAAGCAGUUUAUCUCUACCUUCACAGGCACCUCUGCAGUUAAAGGGAGCAAUGUACAGUUUAACCCCUUCAUUGUCAAAGAUCAGUAA